CCACCUUAUUACGUCACCCGCACUUCACUCCAUGGCGUGGCGGCUGCCGUAUAAGCUGUGAGGAGGGCGAGAUGUUGCCGACUGCGGCGGCGGCGGCGCUGCCGCUGGACGACGACAACCUGCUCUCCGAGAUCCUCCUCCGCCUGCCGCCGCUCCCUUCCUCCCUCCCCCGCGCCUCCGCCGUCUGCAGGCGCUGGCGCAGCCUCAUCUCCGACCCAGCCUUCUCCCGCCGCUUCCGCCUCCACCACCGCCGCAACGCUCCACUCCUCGGCUUCAUCCAGGCAGAUGCCGACGGCCCAUCCUUCGAGCCUACUCUGGAGGCCCCAGAUCGUGUUCCCCCCGGGCGCCUCUCCUUGCAGUCCGACCUCGACUACUUCCGUGUCCUCGGGUGCCGCCACGGCCUUGGUGUUAAUCCUCGACACGACGAGGUUCCAGUUGCUGGUAUGGGACCCCGUCACCGGCCACCAGCACCGCGUAUCCAUUCCCACGGGAUUCGAUCGGUUCAGGUCAGUGAUCUGCGGGGCGGUGCUCCGCGCUGCUCCCGGGGACGUCCACUUCCAGAUCGUCUUGGUAACAGACGACCACGAGAUGGAAGAAUGGCGAGCGCUGGCCUGCGUUUACUCUUCCAAGACCGAGGCGUGGGGCAAUCUCAUCCCAACACCGAUUCCAUCCGGGACCUUGGUUUCUAUUGAUGUGUUGGGUGUGCUGGUUGGGCAUUCCAUUUACUCGAUGCUUUAUGGUACUUCGUCAAAUAUCCUUCAGUUUGAUUUGGAGGGGGAGAGCCUGGCCGUGAUACCGGUGCCAGUGAAUAUGUCUGAUUUUGAUGGCUUCACACUCAUGCGGGCAGAGGAUGGUGAGCUGAGUUUACUCUCCUUGUCAGGCUUCACCGCCCAAUUAUGGAAGAGGAACACCAUCACAGAUGGUGUUCCAUCGUGGGGGAUAGUAAGAACUGUUGAAUUGGACAAGCUACUAUCCUUGGAUUCAGAGGGGUAUGUAACCACACAUGGCUUUGCUGAGGAUAAUAAUUUGGUGAUCCUGCGGGUCAAUAUCAACAUCAUCUCCACUGUCCAGAUUGAGUCACUACAGUUCAAGAAAGUUUCCGACAACAGCAAAUGGUACUAUUAUCCAUUUGAAAGUGUCUAUGCUGCAGGUAUCUAGCAUUGUGUUCCGGUUGCUGCGAUGCAGGAAUGGGCUUCUUUGCUGAAGGUUCUUUCAUUUUGACAAUUUCUCAUGGAGAUCGGUCAUCUUUGUACGCAAAGUUCCUUUGUAGCUCAGGCUACAUGGAACCCCUUAUCCUCAACCCUCCAGCCUUGCUUUACUCUCCAACUAACUUACAGCAAAAAGAUUUCUUUUUUUGUUUCUCUAAAAUGAAACAACAUAUACCAUAUAGCCUGAGCUACAGAAAACCACACUCAUCUUUGUAGCUUGCACAAGUGGACCUGUAUGAGUGAAUCUUUUAAUUUGUCAACCUCCCCUUCCCUCCUUACCUAAUUUCUCGCCACAAUUAGCCAACAGGCAUUAUGUGGAUACAUUGACCUGCUUUGAUUAAGUAGUACUUGCUGUGUGGUCCAUUUGAUAUAUGCUUUGGAAGCAAGAUUGCCUGCGUGAUGAUCUUUGCUUACAUUUUUGUCGGUGUUUAUGUGCAUCUUGGUCCUGCAAUAAACAGUAAACAUCAUAAAGUGCCUGCUCACUGCGAAGAAAAACAUUUUGUCAAGCUGGAAAUAAGAAGUGAUGCUCCCCUAAUGAUCAGAGCAGAUUUGAUACACAUACAAGUUUGAUUUACCAGGUUCCACUGAAUUCUGGUACCGUAUAGGCUGAAGAGACGCUGUCUAGAUAAGCUAGAACAAAAGGAAGGAAAUGCAGUUCAUUCAAUCUUCCUACCCAAUCGGUGAUUAUAGCAAAUGAUUAUUGGAAUAAGAGCUUGUAUAAUUCUGUUCAGUUAUCCUUAACACAGUAGAGAUUAAUAUUUGCAUUCCAUGAUUCAGUUUCCGAGGAUUAAUAUUCCGGGGCGAGU